AUGAAGAUGCUACGUCGCGUACCGAAUACUUUACAGAAGGGAGUGCAGUUUUGGUUAAGAAGCCUCGGUUUUGCAGAUGAGUUUGAGUUGGGAUCUGGUCAUAAGCACAAAUUUAAAGGUAGAUUCUGUGUUGAUGUACCAGUUGUGGAGCAGAAUUUGGACUCAAGAAUAAGACUAUGGCAUUUCGGAGGGUACCUGGAUGCAAGGUGUACUACGGUAAAGAGGUACUUUGGAGUGGCUGGUAUGUUGAAAAAAAUGAGCAAGGAAGGUUCUCAUAGACUGGGAAGAAAGAGCUAA